AUGACCUCCACCCCGAGCUUCUCAUCUUUUCCUGACUUCUCAGCUGGCUCUGAAGCUGGUCCCUCUCGACCUGCCGGUCCAGCACCUGUACCCAGCUUUGGAUCUUUUCCAGAAUUGGCAGCGCCGAAGAGGUCAAAGCGAAGAUCACGUUCACCAUCCCAUGAUGAUGACAGAUCCAAGAGAAGAGAUAAAGAAGAUGGUAGAAUUGGCAUCCGAAGAGACAAUGAUCAUGAUAGAAGACAUAGAGAGCGAAAUAGGUCUGACCAGCAUCAGCGGGAUAGAGAUGAUACGAGGGAGAAGGAAAGGCGGAGAGAUAGGCCAAGGAGUAGAGAAAGGGACAAACGCCAGCAUAGAGGUAGAUCCAAGGACCGCCACAAGGAUAGAGAUAGAUCUGCAGAAAGAAGGUAUAAAGAGGAUAGACGUCGGAAAGAAAGAGAGAAGGCUAUGGACUUAAUCAGAGGAGGUGGUGUGGGGACAAUACGGUCAGACAAGAGGAAGGAAGGAAGAGCAACUGAUAAGGCUGAUGGUUUGUCCUGGUACGAGAGUGUAACGACAGUUAAGGAUGAAGGGAUAGAUACAACUCCUUCUACCUCUUUCUUUCCUGAUACCGUGGGAGAUAGGGAUGCUGUAAGGUAUGGAAGUACCUCGUCAGCUAGUGCGCCGAGAUACUACAGAGACGGGAAAAACCGGAUAUUAGGCUUGAACGAAGGCCUUCGCAUAGUCUACUCAAGAGAUAGGACUCAGAAAGGGGUGGAAAUAGCGCCAAUGGGUAGACCUUACGUACCUCGAUAUAAUUCCCGUCAAACCCAACCAGCGGCUUCGCAGCACCUCCAACGUAUACUUCUUCUACCGUCGGACGAUCAAGCUUUUGAUUCAUCUGCACCUUAUAUCGACUUCGACCUAAAACCUGCUCGCCAGGCGACGGAUUUACCUUCAUAUCGAGACAUACAUCAGCCACAAGAGGAUGAAGAUUUGGAAUUGGCUGAGAUACAAGGGGCUAUCGGAUCGUACUCCACACUCGAAGAGGAAGUACGUAGAGAAACAGUGGAUACUGAGCAAUACCUCAAAUCUCAUCGGGGUGAUAUAGACAGAUGGAUCAAAUACUCUCAACUACACCUGAAACUCUCGCCUGAUCUUACGUCGAGAUCGGAUGUCGCUCAGAUAUCAAGCAAAACACGAGCGGAAGCAGAAGUCACCUUGUCAAUCUUGUCUCGAGCGUUAGAUGCUGAAGAAGCUAAUUUCAAUUCGACAAAACUGCAUCUAGCAUACUUACAAGCAGCCGAACAGUUCUGGCCCAAUGACAAAGUCACGAAUAGGUGGAACAACGUUUUGAGAGAGUUGAGUGAGAAAAACGAUCAGGUGGAUAUGAUGGAUCUCUGGUUAGGCUAUAUCACUUGGAGAGAAGGGAAUGGGUUUGGGAAGGGCGAUGGAGGUGGGGUGGACGAAGUGGUGGAGGUAUACGAGGAAUGCAUCGGAAAGCUGAAAGAGAACAGCCAUGGUGACACUCAAGCAACAGAGGAAAAUCUGGUGUAUCUCUUUUUGAGAGCUUGUCUAUUUCUGAAACAAGCUGGGUAUACCGAAAGAGCCCUGGCCAUGUUCCAAGCUAUCAUGGAAAUAACCUUCUUCAAACCCGAUCAUCUACGUACUAGUCCUUCUUCAGCCCCUACCCGAUUUGACGAUAUCUUAGAUGGAUAUGAGAAAUUCUGGGAUACUGAAGCCCCGAGGAUAGGCGAACCUGGCUCAAAAGGCUGGAAGAAUACUGCUCCUUCCGCUGUACCCUCAGCCCAGGUUCUCAAACCUCUGACACACUCAUCCGAAGAUCCUUUCGAGAAAUGGUUAGAAGCCGAGCUUCACGCUGAAUCGAAUUACUCUAUGCCCGGUCGGGCUACCGACUUGAAUGAAGAAGUGGAAGAUGACCCAUAUCAUAUUAUCCUUUUCAGUGAUAUCCGUCCAUUUUUAUUCUCCAUCAACUCUCCCGAAGUUCGCCUACAGCUCAUCUACGCAUUCCUAAACUUCCUUGGAUUGCCAUUUACUCCACCUGACAUACCUUCUUCAUCCCCUGCAACCAAUGAUCCUCAUUUGCAAUGGACACUAGCGCAUAAUCCAGCUAAGCGAAAUGCAUUCUGGCCACUUCGACAAAGCUCCAAAAGACUACCUUGGCAGACCGUUGGCGGCGAACCUAUGGAUCCUGAACGUACAAGGGGAUUAGACAAUCCGUUUGAAAGCCCGGUCAAAUGCUGGCUGCAGGAUAGAAGUACUAUUCUAGGGAGGAAGGGAAGCUGGUUCACCGAUAUGGAUGCAGUAGAUGUUGCGGCUUUAGAUGUUGAUCUCAUUAGAAAUAUCUUCGAAAUCCUCAGGCCACUUGUACCGGAUCCAGCUUUCACGUUGGAUUCAUUCGCAUUUGAAUCUGCUGUGUCUGCUAAAGGUGCCGUCAAGUUUGCAAAGUCAGUCCUCGCUUCUGAUAGGGAUAAUGUGCUUCUAUGGGAUGGCUAUGCUCGUUUGGAACGGCAAAGAGGCAACGUCCCAUCAGCAAGAACGGUUUAUGUUACUGCUCUUCAAGCUGCUAUCGCUGUUCGGUCGUAUGGAGUGGUGACCGAGGACGAAUUAGAUCUAUGGGCUGGAUGGGCCGAGAUGGAGUUUGAGAUUGCAGAUGAAGCAAGGUCGUUGGAAGUGGUUGUACUAGCUGCAGGCGUGGGACAAGAUCGUCUUGCCGAAUAUCUCGCACCUGACCGAUCUCCCGGUCAACCCCCAUCGGUUGCCAUGCUGAAGUCGAGGCAGUUCUACUUGAAUACGCAAUCGCCCUAUUCCCCAAGCCAGUUAUUGUUGAAAUCCUUGUUCCACUAUCUGACCGAGGGAAUGGAUUCGACUAGAUGGUUCUUGCUCAACCACCUUAUAACGCUUUCACUUUCUGGUGGCGAAGCCGAAUUUACUCUUCAGCUGCUCACCAAGAUCCUCUAUCUCCAUUCAACUCGACAUUCGUCCCCCGCAUCAAUGUCUCGAGACACUCUCGAACUUGCCCUUUCAUCUUUUCCCAACAACACGUCCUUCCUCUCACUCUAUCUGUACGGUGAACUAGGAGGGAGAGUUUACGGUCGAGUGCAGCGACUUAUCGCGGAUCUGACGUCUCAACGAGGGAGUAACGGUGGGUUGGUGGUCCACCUAUGGGCUAUAUGGGCAGAAGCUGUCUCUUCACAUCGGACAUUUUGGGAUGAGGGUGGUACUGGUGCUGAGAGGGUCAGAUUGGCUUUGGACAAGGGUAUAAACUCAUCGAGCGGGAAAUACUCAGCUGCUCUGUGGAUGCUGUAUAUCGAAUUUGAAUGUUUGAUGGGCAGACAACAAACUGCCAAACAACUAUGUUAUCGAGCUGUAGCUUCUCUGGGAGGUUGUAAACCUCUAUACCUCUUACCAUUUUCACCAUCUCUUCAACCACACUACACCACGCGUGAACUGAAAGAGUGGGCAGAACUCAUGAUGGAACGUGGAAUCAGAUCACGUGUACCCUUCGAAAGGUAUUUCGACGCUCAGGAGGACGAAGGGGCGUUGCUGGAAUUACCUGAAGAUGAGGAUCUACAAGAGGACGAACUUGGUUUCUUGAGAGAAAGAGAGGUGGCUAAACCGUACUGA